AUGGGGCACGUUGUGGACGAGGUUGACCACUGGUUUGAAGGCGACGAGGGGCGCUCGUCUUCGAGUGUGUCGGACUUUGACUGGGACAAAACAGCGCGUUUGAUUUGCGCCGUGUUGCUGCCACCGCUUGGGGUGUUUCUACAAAAGGGCUGCAAUAAGGAUCUGGCCAUCAACGGGCUCUUGACGCUUUUUGGCUAUAUUCCUGGUAUCAUCCACGCUGUCUAUGUGAUCUGCGUGAGCUAA